AUGGCCAUUGUUUUCUUGGGGACGUUUGGUUUUGACUUGUUGUGCACCCAUGUUUCAAAGUUCAAGCUCAGAUUUGUUGUUGUCCCAAUGAGCACAAAAAAGGAAAAGGGUCAUGAAUUGGCAAUUGGAGGAGGGAAGUCAUUUGCUAGAAUUCAAUAG